CGCCCGCUGCGGAACCGUGGGCGGAGACGGAAGCCGCGGGGUCCCGGGAGCUGUGGCCGCUGCUGUAGCGGGGGGCGGCUCGGGGGACCAUGGUGCAGCUUUACAACCUGCACCCGUUCGGGUCGCAGCGAGUAGUGCCCUGCGGGCAGGAGCCGGCGCACUUCUGCUGCGGGCCCGACGUGCUGUUCGUGGCCGGUGCGGCGGCCAGUUGCAGGGUGGAGGUGUUCGCCGUGCGCCACGAGGGCCGCUGCGAACCCCUAGGCUCCUUCGCCACGCUGGGAUCCGUGCUGCACAUGGCGCACAGCCGAGCAGGAGACUAUUUGUUGACAAUUGAAGAGAAAAGCAAAGCAACUUUCCUAAGAGCAUAUAUGAACUGGAGAUGCAUGUCUGCAGGGAGUUCUCGUGUUUGUGUCCGGAUGGUUGGUCACAAGAUGGAAGAGUCAUACAGUGAAACCUUAAAAGAACAUAUGUCAAUUGUGGAAAUGCCACUUUCAGAUCCUCCGCUGUGCGUUUCAUGUUGUCCUGUAAAUGGAGAUAUUCUUGUGGGCUGCAAAAAUAAACUAGUCAUGUUCUGUUUGAAAUACCUGGUCAUAAACCAGAAUUUGACUGUAUUAGACUUUGAACGCACCUUAAUUUUACACAUUGAUGACUUCAUUCCUACUGAAGUUGCAUUCUGUGCCAGACAUAUAGCCAUAACAACAGAAUUGGAUGUUCUGAUCCUGAAACUGGAACUGAUCCGAAGUGCAGACAGUACAGAGCAAUAUGCACAUCGAGUUAGUACACUAGAAGAGCCUGGAAAUGGAAGUGUAAAAGGUGAAGACCUUUCAACACAUACUUUGCAGCUUGAAUUAGAUGAGUUCAUCAUAUGUCAGAAACCAGUGGAACUGCUUGGGGAAGAAAGUAAGCUAUGUGAGAUACCCAUCACGCUGGAAUCCACAGAGUUAGCUACAGAAGACACAAAGCACUUUCAAGUGCGGUAUCUCCUUUUCAGGCAUUUUGCACCUGACCAGUCGCCUUUUGGGUUUUGUGAAGAGGUGAAGUUGCACUCUGUUCAGCUGCUUCCUAUAUACCAGACAGGAAGUUCUGUGACAGCCCAUGAGGAAACUGAGACCAAGAGAGAACUACUCAGUCUCUUUUGCUUUUUCUCUUUGCCUCAUGUUGGAUAUCUCUACUCUGUUGGGAAGUUAGUAGAACUGAUUUCUACUUACCAGUAUUCAGAGAAGUCAGAGCAGGCAGUUCUCACUCCACAAUUCCUGCACGUCAUUACAAGUGAGAACCUGCAGUGUUUCACAGUGCGGUGCAGUGCAGCAGCAGCUCGUGAUGAGGAUCCAUACAUUGAUACGACUGCAAAGGCUUGUCCACCUGUUGCUCUGGAUGUCUGCACAUUACGAAUGCAGCUUUUUAUAGGACCAAGAGCUAUCUGUCAUUUCAAAAACCAUAUAAUUCUUCUGACUAAGGCUAACACAGAAGAUAUUACUGAAAGACGAAAGCCUACAAGAAGGAUGCUUUCCAGAAAGGCUAAUAGCAUCAAAUCCAGAACAAAUUCCGAGUCAGCGCCUGGUUGGAAUUUAUAUAUUAUAAACACUGUUUCAACCAUCCAGCUGUACAGAGAAAUGGUAGAUUAUAGUAGAACUUACGAAAAUGCGAAAACUGAGAGUUGUAUCCACCUUCUAAGUGAGGCUCACUUACUAGUCAGAGCAGCUAUAAUGGACCCUGAUUUCCUUAAAUCAGAUGAUAAAGAAGAACUUCUAAGAGCGUUCAGAGAAAGUUGUGCCUUUUUAGGAGACUGCUACAGCAGGUUUGACACAAAGGAUUACCACCUUGCUUUGCCAUACUAUAGAAUGGCAGGUUUAUCCAUGACUGAAGUUUUAGAGCGACUAGUUUCAGAAGGUGAUGAAAUACAGACAUAUGAAAGAGGUUUUAUAUUUUAUUUAACUCACUCUCUUAAUGAAGACAUAAAUGAAGAAUUAAGCAAGGAAUCAGCAAAUCAGGUUCUCCAGAUAUUCAGUGUUGCUGAUCCCAUGCAGCUGCCUCAUAUCCUCUGCAGUCCCUGCAUGAGAAAUGUAUGUCCUUUGACAGCUGUGAAGUAUCUUCAUAAAGUAGAAAACAAUAUGCCGUCAGUGGUCCUCACACUUACUAAGGCUUUCAUGGCUCUGAAAAUGGGAGACCUGAUGAUGUAUGAGCAUGAGAUGAGCUCCCAUAAGGAGACAGUACUGGCCUCUGGCUUCACUGAGCAACCAAAACUCCUGAGACAGUAUAAAGAAGGAAUCGUUAUUCCAACUGAAUUUGCUGUUCACCUGAAGGAGAUGCAGCCUGGAUUAUUGGUGGCUGCCACUGUGGCUUUGCAUGAGAACAGUAAAAUUGAACUGGAAGAAGCAGAUGUGUUUUUCAAGAUAUUGUGUAAUAACAGUGAAAACGCUGUUCCUCAGCUCUUGGUAGAUUUCUGGGAAGCUCUCCUUGUAGUAUGCUCUCAGGAAGAUGUACUUCAGGAGCUCUUACUGAGGGUUACUUCUCAGUAUGUUUGGAGAAUAUCAAAGAAGCAACUUCCUGAGACUAAGCCAUUGAAAACAACAGAGGAUCUGAUAAACUCCUGUAAUCGUUUUGGGUUCAUUUUCCCAUGGGUUACUUUCAUAAUGUCAAUGGGAUCUCCACCUGAUAAAGAUUACCCUGAAGAUAUUUCAAGGCUACAGUCUCUCUUAUGUAGUCAGUCGAUCAAUAUAACUGCAGCUCUGCCUAUCUUGGAACCUCUGAUAGAGGCUGGCAAUGUCGGCCUCACCAUCCAUGUUCUCUGCAGUACCCAUCUGGGCAAGUAUGAGGAUUCCAUUGACCAGCUUCUCAAAAGGUGUCCUGCUGCAGCUGUGUUAUAUGCUCAGCACGAACUGAAGGAUGAUAGUCGGGCUGUAUGGUGGAACAAACUGCUUCCAGAACUUUGCAAGAGAACCAGACUUACUGAAAAUGACUAUCCUGUUCUUAUUUCAUCACUAAAAGAAACUUUAUCAGUUGUUGCAAUGGAAUUGGAACUAAGGGAUUUCCUUAGUCUUCUACCAGAGGAUGGAACUGCAGCAUUUUUCCUGCCACAUCUUCUUCACUGCAGCCAGAGGAAACUCCUGACCUAGACACAAUGAAUGUCUACUAUUCAUUCAAAUACCAUGAAUGUGCUGGAAUAAAAAAAAUAAAUU